AUGCUUGUGCAUGAAUAAAGUAUAUAAAAUGAUUCUGCUGAUUUGAAAUAGUUGACAUAUGAUGAAGCAUUAACCCAAGUUGGAGGUGCUGGAUUAUAUUAAAAAAGAGCAUUUUUAAUAUUUGGAUUGCAGUGGUUGAUUACUAAGUAUGUUACAGAAUUCCACAUUUUAGUUGGAUAUUGUUUUCACCUGUUUUCUUUUUUAUUGAACCUACGAUUGAUUGUAAGGAUAAUGCGGAAUGUCUGAGCUAAUGUACUUCUGACUCCUUAGAUGACAAGUGUCUUACUUAUGUUUGCGUACAAUAUUUGAUCAAUUUAGGAUGACUCUUAACGAAGAGAAUUUGUUGUUGGUGAAUCAUUAAAUACAGCUUUCAAUGCUUUAUUACCUUGUAACAAAUCUUUGCAAUCCAUAAUUAAAUCUAUUGUUUACAUUGGAUCCUUGUCUGGAUUUUUUGUAUUCUCUUUUAUAGCUGAUAAUUAUGGCCGUAAGUUGGCAUUAUCGAUUUCUUGGGGUAUGACUACUUUGGGAUCAUUGUUGCUUGCUGUAUUUUAGUACAUUAUAUUUAAGUUUGCCAUGAAUUAUUCAAUGAUUGCUAUAGGAAUAUUUUUAUUAGGUUUUGGAGGUAAUCCAGCAAUAACAGUGCAUUAUUCAUUUAUAAAUGAACACUCAUGUAAAUACAUCAUUAAUUAUUAUAUAGAGGGACAUUUUAGAGAAAUAUAAAAUGUUGGAGUUUAGGUGUUCUUUGCCAUUGGUGAAUUCACUAUAAUAACUUUGGCAUAUUUUGUGUCUAAGUGGAGAUGGUUGGCCAUUUCAGUUGCGCUGCCUACUGUUUUAUUAAACUUGUGUAAUUUUUGGAUUUUUGAAUCUCCUCAAUUUCUAUACUCAAAAAAUAAGAAGAAAUGUGUCAAGAUUCUUAAUUAGAUUGCAAAAAUAAAUGGCACCGAACCUCUAGCAAUUAAUGAUUUGGCUUCUAAUCCAUAAAGUAAAGAGAACAAUUCCAGAGUUUAUACAAUCUGGGAUUUAUUGAAAUAUAAAUCUCUUAGAUUUGUAUUUCUAGCUGGAGUGAUGAUGUUCUUUGCAAUUUAAGUUACAUAUUAUGGGAUUAGUUUUGUGAGUGAUUAAUUAGGCCUUGAUUUCUUCUUAAGUAAUUUCAUUAUCGCCUUCUUUGAACUCUUAGCCUAUGCAACAACAGGUAUAUUAUCUUCUUAUUGUUAGAUUUGUUUAUUACUAAAUUAAAAAGAAAGAAGAACAUUAUAGGAGGAUUCUUUAUUGUAGGAAUUAUGAGUCUCUAUUUCAUCUUCAAAAGUGAUCACAUUGUAUUCAGAAUCUUUCAAGGAGUAUUGGCAGGAGUAUAAUCUUAAUAUUAUUCAAUUAGUUGAUGAGAUUUCUAAUUUGUGUAGUAUGGGCCUUGGCAUAUGUAUAUGUGUCUGAACUGUUUCCUUCAGUUGUGAGAUCUUUAGCUUUGUGCUUGAUAUCUGCUGGAGGUUCAAUUGGUAGCAUUGCACAAGCUUUUCUUAUAAAUAUUUGUGCUACUCUCAAUAUUCAUCCUAUGGUUGCAUUUGGAUUAAUUGGGUUUUUGUGUUCUUUGCUUUUGUUCCCUUUAAGAGAGACUUUACAUUAACCAUUGUUAGAAAAGAUUGAAGAGGAUGAUAAUAGAAUUAGAAAGAGUAUGCUACACAUCAAUGAAUCAGAGGAGAUCACAACAUCAAUUCCUGUUCUUGAUAACAAAGAAGAAUGAUUAUUUAAUAUUUCUAUUUUUUAAUCGUAAAUAAUGG